GAGUGGCUCCCAGCGAGGCAGCUCCUGACCUUGCCCUGCCCGCCUGCAGCCCUGAGGCAGAGCGAGCUCGGCCCAGGCAGGCCAGGCCUGCAGCCCCCAUGGAAGGUGCCAUGCAGCUGCUGAGCCGCGAGGGCCACAGUGUCGCUCACAACUCCAAGCGGCAUUACCACGAUGCCUUCGUGGUGAUGAGCCGGAUGCGGCAGCGCGGCCUCCUCUGUGACAUCGUCCUGCACGUGGCUGCCAAGGAGAUCCGCGCGCACAAGGUGGUGCUGGCCUCCUGCAGCCCCUACUUCCACGCCAUGUUCACAAAUGAGAUGAGUGAGAGCCGCCAGACGCACGUGACGCUGCAUGACAUCGACCCUCAGGCUCUGGACCAGCUGGUGCAGUUUGCGUACACAGCGGAGAUUGUGGUGGGCGAGGGCAAUGUGCAGACUCUGCUCCCGGCUGCCAGCCUCCUGCAGCUGAAUGGUGUUCGCGAUGCCUGCUGCAAGUUCUUGCUGAGUCAGCUCGACCCCUCUAACUGCCUGGGCAUCCGUGGCUUUGCAGACACGCACUCAUGCGGUGACCUGCUCAAGGCGGCACACAGGUAUGUGCUGCAGCACUUCGUGGACGUGGCCAAGACGGAGGAGUUCAUGCUGCUGCCACUGAAGCAGGUGCUGGAACUGGUCUCUAGUGACAGCCUGAAUGUGCCUUCUGAGGAGGAUGUCUACCGUGCGGUCCUAAGCUGGGUCAAACAUGAUGUAGACACACGGAGGCAGCAUGUCCCAAGGCUGAUGAAGUGUGUUCGGCUGCCCCUCCUGAGCCGUGACUUCCUGCUGGGCCAUGUGGAUGCCGAGGGCCUGGUGAGGCACCACCCUGAUUGCAAAGACCUGCUCAUCGAGGCCCUCAAGUUCCACCUGCUGCCCGAGCAGAGAGGCGUUCUGGGCACCAGCCGCACUCGGCCCCGGCGCUGCGAAGGUGCUGGCCCUGUGCUGUUUGCAGUCGGUGGUGGGAGCCUCUUUGCCAUCCAUGGGGACUGUGAAGCAUACGAUACUCGCACUGACCGCUGGCAUGUGGUGGCCUCCAUGUCCACACGCCGGGCCCGUGUAGGGGUGGCUGCCGUCGGGAACCGGCUGUAUGCUGUGGGCGGCUACGAUGGGACCUCAGACCUGGCUACUGUGGAGUCCUAUGACCCUGUGACCAACGCGUGGCAGCCGGAGGCAUCCAUGGGCACAAGGCGAAGCUGCCUGGGUGUAGCCGCCCUGCAUGGGCUUCUGUACGCAGCGGGCGGCUACGAUGGGGCCUCUUGCCUCAACAGUGCCGAACGAUACGACCCACUGACGGGAACGUGGACGUCCGUCGCUGCCAUGAGCACCCGGAGGCGAUAUGUGCGCGUGGCCACACUUGAUGGGAACCUGUAUGCUGUGGGUGGUUACGACAGCUCAUCACACCUGGCCACCGUGGAGAAGUAUGAGCCCCAGGUGAACUCCUGGACUCCCGUGGCCUCCAUGCUGAGCCGUCGCAGCUCAGCAGGCGUGGCUGUGCUGGAGGGUGCCCUGUAUGUGGCCGGGGGCAACGAUGGCACCAGCUGCCUGAACUCCGUGGAGAGGUACAGCCCCAAAGCCGGUGCCUGGGAGAGCGUGGCGCCCAUGAACAUCCGCAGGAGCACACAUGACCUGGUGGCCAUGGAUGGUUGGCUGUAUGCGGUCGGGGGCAAUGACGGCAGCUCCAGCCUUAACUCCAUUGAGAAGUACAACCCGAGGACCAACAAAUGGGUGGCUGCGUCCUGCAUGUUCACGAGGCGCAGCAGUGUGGGAGUGGCGGUGCUGGAGCUGCUGAACUUCCCCCCACCAUCCUCACCUACGCUGUCAGUGUCCUCUACCAGCCUCUGACCUGGGUGAAGACUGCACCGAGGCCCACAGCCUCCCACAUGCCUUAAGCCUUGGGAGGCGCCCCACGCCUCCCGCUCCUUGGCUGUAUGUUGGGGGCAAUGACGGCCCCCACCAGGGACUUCGUGUACCGUCCGUCCACGUGUCUGCCUUCAUCUCUGUUUGUUUAUGUUUGUGCCGUCUGUCAACUUGCUUAUUUAUUAUGUAUGGAUUAUUUAUGACAGAGGAGCAGUGCUGCAGCUACCAGUUCAGGUGUUUACUCUCAAGGGUCACCUCCCUGCAGGGGACCAAGCAGCCCUCUAGAAUGUCUUUCCACUGCCUGCGAGCAGUGGG